CUCAUCGCCCAUCUGCUACUCGAUCUUGCAAUCGUUUUUGAUCGAUCUCGCGAUCGAGGAAUCGCAUCUGUGCUUUGCUGAUGGCUUUGUUCCGGCAUCUAUUGAUCAAUCUUGUUGGUUUAAUCGGGCAUUGUGAGUAGAUUUGAUUGGACCGAGUUAAUCCGAAACGAUGAUAUUGAAAUAUCUAAUAGCAAUACUCUAUUUCAGUUUACAGGGACAGAAUUAAUCCAUUCUGAAACCCACAUAAAAAAGAACCAACCGGACCACCAACCAAAGUAUUCGUAGUUAGCACAUUACAACUUGACUGAUGACCACCCUAUAUUACAUUCUUCUGAAUUCCGUGUGGCCAUUUCGAAUGUUACAUGUAUUCUCCUCUCCAGAAGCUCUUGCAUCUUCGUGUUGCCAAGCCAUUAGGGCAUUGCUAAGCUUUGUUCUCACAGUUCCUUUAGUGUCGUUUUCACUGUAUUUUCUGAAACUUUAAGCAUGUUUGUUUGCUUGUUUCUUUGUGUCUACGUGUCUGAAGCAUUACAUUCGUGCCGUGGGGGAAAGUCUUGAUAGAUGGACCCCCUACAGUUUCUAAAGUGGGGAAUUGCUUCAUGAUGAUCGGCGGAAUUAGUUUAAUACCUGUUUGCAGAUGUUAGGGCAUUGUCAUGCUCUGAAUAGGAUACUUGCAGAAAAAAAAGGGGAGGUACUAGCUAGUUCUAGUAGGUUAGCUUACUCAGGUUGUCCCCUUGUAAUUUAGCAGGGUGACGUGGUUCGGUUGAUUAACUUAUCUGAGUAAUGCCUUUUUGUUUCAUCUUCUUAUGUGCUUGGCUAUGAGAGUUCUGGUAGAAAGCUGGUGUAGGAAUCUGAGAUGGGCAUAGUCAGCAUGUUGAUUGAUUUCUCUGGGUUUUGUUUUGGAUUCUCAGCUGGUAUUGUUAUUGGGUACUUCCUCUUCAUCUACUUCCAGCCAACCGAGGUGAAGGACGUCAAAGUUUGCCCACUGGUGGAAUAUGACUCAAAUUCUUUGGAUGGCAUCCUUCAUGAAAUUCCUUUGUGGGUCAAGAAUCCUGACUGUGAUAGAAUUGAUUGGGUGAGCAGAUUUCUGGAGAUGAUGUGGCCUUACCUCAACAAGGCUAUCUGCAAAACUGCACAGGAUAUUGCAAAUCCAAUUAUUGCAGAGAAUAAAGAAAAAUAUAAAAUAGAUUCUAUUGAGUUUGAAACACUUACUCUGGGUAGUUUACCACCAACCUUUCAAGGAAUGAAAGCAUAUGUUACAGAAGAGCAGGAGUUGAUAAUGGAGCCAUCUCUUAAGUGGGCAGCAAAUCCGAAUGUCACUGUUGUCGUAAAGGCUUAUGGAUUGAAAGCAACUAUCCAGGUUGUGGAUCUACAAGUCUUUGCUUCACCUCGUAUUACUCUAAAACCUUUGGUGGCUACAAUCCCGUGCUUUGCAAAAAUCCUUGUAUCUCUCAUGGAGAAGCCACAUGUCGAUUUUGGGCUAAAACUUCUUGGAGCAGAUGUAAUGGCUAUUCCUAUUCUUUACAGUUUUGUUCAGGAGACCAUCAAGAAGCAAGUUGCGAGCAUGUAUUUGUGGCCAAAGACACUUGAAGUGCCUAUAAUGGAUCCCUCGAAAGCUUCUAAAAGGCCUGUCGGUAUUCUACUUGUGAAAGUUUUAAGAGCUCAAAAUCUGCAAAAGAAGGAUCUGCUGGGUAAAUCAGACCCAUAUGUGAAACUUACAAUGUCAGAUGACAAGCUUCCAUCCAAGAAAACAACAGUGAAGCGCGGUAAUCUUAAUCCAGAGUGGAACGAAGAUUUCAAAUUUGUUGUGACAGAUCCUGAAACUCAAGAACUGGAAAUUAAAGUCUUCGACUGGGAACAGGUUGGAAAGCACGACAAGAUGGGCAUGAACAAGAUUCUGUUGAAAGAACUUCCCCCAGAGGAAACUAAAGUUACAACCUAUAACUUGCUUAAGACCAUGGAUCCAAAUGACAUACAUAAUGAGAAGUCUCGUGGUCAAAUUACUCUGGAGAUGACAUAUAAACCUUUCAAGGAAGACGAUAUAGAGAAAGAUGUCCAAGGUACAGACGUAGUAGGGAAAGCUCCUGAUGGUACUCCAGCUGGUGGUGGGCUGCUUUAUGUUGUUGUUCAUGAAGCUCAAGAUCUUGAAGGCAAGCAUCACACUAACCCAUAUGCAAGAAUAAUUUUCAAAGGAAACGAGAAGAAAACGAAGGUGAUCAAGAAAAACAGGGAUCCGCGAUGGGAGGAGGAGAUUGAGUUUGUUUGUGAGGAUCCCCCUGCAAAUGACAAACUACAUGUUGAAGUCCUAAGUAAACCCCCCAAAAAAUGGUUGAUACAUGGCAAGGAAACUUUAGGCUACAUUGAUAUAAACCUCGCAGACGUGAUCAGUAAUAAGCGGAUUAAUGAAACGUACCAUCUCAUCGACUCAAAAACCGGUCAGAUUCAAAUCGAGUUGCAGUGGAGAACUUCAUAGAAACUGCGAGGAAGCACCAACACAGGCGAAUGCUUGAACAAUGCGAGGUACAGGAGGAUACGUACGAAUGUUGGCUGUUGCCACAAAACAGUUUGCCAAUAAAUGUGGUUAAAAGGCCUGUAUAUAUUUCCUUUGCUCCAAAACAUGUUUUUUUAGAUGUCUUAAACAUCUGUUUGGUCCUGUAAUGUUUUGUUAGUUGUCUACACUGUGUUGAGAUCAACUUUCUCUCAGUUCCAUCGCCUACUGCUUGAUCUUGUAAUCUUUGAUCGAGCUCUUGAGUGAUCACAUCUGACGAGAGUAAAUUAAUUGGACCGAAUUAAUCUGAAACGAUGAUUUCAAAUCCAA